CGGGGGGAAGAUUAACGGUGGAGCGACUCCGCGGAAAGAGCUUUCUCGGCAGCCCUCCGCCCCACCGCGCUCCGGCGUUCCCCCGGUCGGGGCGGUGCUUUGUCAGGCGCCGUCGUCACCCCAGCCAGGACCGGAGGCGGCGGGGAGCGCGGGUCGGAGGUGAGGGAGCGCGGCGGCGGCGGCGGCAGGUGGGUGUCGCCUCGCCAUGGCCAAGCACCACCCGGACCUCAUCUUCUGCCGCAAGCAGGCGGGCGUGGCAAUCGGAAGACUUUGCGAGAAAUAUGAAGGAUUAAAGGGACCACGAGUACAAUCUCUUAUCUCAUCUCUUUGAGGAUAGUAACUCCAGACUUCUGUUGAUGUGGCACUGUGAGAGAAGCUUACACUGCUGCUUCUGUGUAGGUGAUGGCAAAUGCGUGAUCUGUGACUCCUAUGUGCGGCCCUGCACUCUUGUGCGCAUAUGUGAUGAGUGUAACUACGGCUCCUACCAAGGGCGCUGUGUGAUCUGCGGGGGUCCAGGAGUGUCUGAUGCCUACUACUGCAAGGAGUGUACCAUCCAGGAAAAAGAUAGAGAUGGUUGCCCUAAAAUUGUCAACCUGGGCAGUUCCAAGACAGAUCUCUUCUACGAAAGGAAAAAGUAUGGCUUCAAGAAGAGGUGAUCCUAUCCGUACGUGGCUACGCCUCCUGUCAGGUUGGCAAGAGGGUCUUGGAACAUCUCUGGACUUUACUAUUACUGGAAACCGGUUGAUUAUUUUUUUUCUAAAGCAGUACAAAUUCAGUAGUAUACUUGGGGUUGGAGAAGUAACAGACUGAGUGGGGACUGAAACCUGAUCAGAACUGACUAUCAGAAAGAGCAAAUGAGGAUUACCGUCUCUUGCCUUUUCAGAAGCUCUGCUAGUAGCUGCCCCAGCUCACUAUAAAAAUCGUGGUGGGCAAGUAUUUACACGUGGAGGAGACCAGCUCAGUAAAAAGCAAGUGCCAUUUCUGGUGUGGGCAAACACCUUGCGGUUGUUCUUACCAGGCCUCCUCUCAACUGUGUGAAAUUGCCCCAUGCAUCAGUAUUGAGGAACAAAGCACCAAUCCCAUAUGUCCGCUCCCCCCCCCUCUUCCUCCAGUAUGUUUCCAUGCUGCCCUGUUUUGUAAGGAACCUGCUCAUGGCUGGUGCCUUCCUAGGGAGAGCACAGCUGUUCCAUGUUUCCUUUGACAGAUUAAUCCAAGGCCCUUUCUUGUAACCAUUUCUGUAGGAUGCAUACCAAUAAAGCUUCUUCUUUUGGUUUUUUUUGUAUA